GGGACCCCUGACCAUUAGGUCCAGUCGUGACCGACUCUGGGGUUGCAGCGCUCAUCUUGCUUUAUUAGCCGAGGGAGCCAGCGUACAGCUUCUGGGUCAUGUGGCCAGCAUGACUAAGCUGCUUCUGGAGAACCAGAGCAGCGCACGGAAACGCCAUUUACCUUCCCGCUGGAGUGGUACCUAUUUAUCUACUUGCACUUUGACGUGCUUUCAAACUGCUAGGUUGCCCAGCAAAAACAGCAACAUCUUCCAUGUCAGGCGAAGGGAGAGGCUUGGCAUCUAGCUGGUAGAGGGGGUUACAGGUUUCGGGGGCAGCCAGUGGCAACGGGAUCGCUUGCCUGAUCAACGCCACUUAUGCCAGAGUUCUGGAAUCGAACGCUUAUCUCUAGACUGUCAUUCUGGACAUGCAAAUAAAUCCUCCUCUGUUCUUAUUAAGCUGUUGUUUUGAUGGCAUUACGAAGCAGCCGGGGAUUGCAAGAUCCUGAUUUGAGUGCAAAAUCCUGAUUGAUUGAUUUUUUUGGAAAGAGAGAGAUCUACAGUGCUUGCUACGCUCCGGUAUUGCAUCUGGGCUAGAUGAGCUGUGCAGGAAAUAGCACAGUUUACGUGGUAAGUGUUUCACGAAGGAUAAAUGCACAAUUGAUCACGGCAGGAGUGGGAAUGGGAUAAGUUUUAGGGGGCUGCUGAAUUAUAAAAGGGUUCCUUUUCUCUCUGAUAGAUGGAUUUUACCUGUCGUGCAUAGAAACGUCAGUGUUUGAGAACUGCUCCUGAAACAGGGAAGGAAAAUUAGUAUGCAUAUCUUAACACCGGUAGGGUUUCUUCCUUCCUUCACUGAAUCUGAAAUUUGACUUGGCUCUUAACACCCAGUCCUUUUAAAUGGGUAAAAUAUGGUCUAAAUCUGUGUAUAUUGCAGUAUUUUCCAGGUAGUGGUGAUAAUAAUAAUAAUAAUAAUAAUAAUAAUAAUAAUAAUAAUGAAUUUAUUAUUUACACCCCACCCAUCUGGCUGGGUCCCCCCAGCCACUCUGGGCGGCUUCCAACAAAACACUAAAAUACAAUAACCUAUUAAACAUUAAAAGCAAAUAUGGGAUGUUGUGGUUGUUGUUUAGUUGUUUAGUCGUGUCCGCCUCUUCGUGACCCCCUGGACCAGAGCACGCCAGGCACUCCUGUCUUCCGCUGCCUCCCGCAGUUCGGUCAAACUCAUGCUGGUAGCUUCGAGAAUACUGUCCAACCAUCUCGUCCUCUGUCAUCCCCUUCUCCUUGUGCCCUCCAUCUUUCCCAACAUCAGGGUCUUUUCCAGGGAGUCUUCUCUUCUCAUGAGGUGGCCCAAGUCUUGGAGCCUCAGCUUCAGGAUCUGUCCUUCCAGUGAGCACUCAGGGCUGAUUUCCCUAAGAAUGGAUAGGUCUGAUCUUCUUGCAGUCCAUGGGACUCUCAAGAGUCUCCUCCAGCACCAAAAUAUGGGAUAAACGGUAACAAAUAUCUACUUAAGAGAUAUACAGCCUAUAACUAGCCACUAGGGACCACUGCUUUCCUAUUUUUUAAACCAUUGCAUCCUCUGAACACCCUAAGCCUGUGGACAGAUACAGAUGGGCAUGUAGCUAUGUCUGUGCAUAGUAUUUGUGUACGUAUGCAAGAUGUUGGGAUUCCGAUAUGCUGUCAUUUACAGCACACCCCUCAUAAUGUCACUGUGAAGUAAUGAAAUAAAAAACACACAUCUGUAUUUAUUGUCCUGUAUGACUUCUGGCUGUUUGGGAUGGCUAUAGCAGCAUACAUUCUGUACGCAAAUAUUCCAGAUUCAGUCCAUGACAUCUUUAGGUGGGGUUCAGAAAGACCCUUGUCUGAAACAAGAUUUGAAUGUUUCCCCAUCUGAAAUGUUAAAUGGAAGUGGCUGGCGUCCCAGGAUGUUGAAUGCAUGAAACACAUCUUAUUAUACUGUAGUCUCUAUAAACAGGUUAAAAAGGUAAAGGGACCCCUGACCAUUAGGUUUAGUUGUGGCCGACUCUGGGGUUGCGGCGCUCAUCUCGCUUUAUUGGCCGAGGGAGCUGGCGUGCAGCUUCCGGGUCAUGUGGCCAGCAUGACUAAGUCCCUUCUGGGAAACCAGAGCAGCGCACGGAAACGCCGUUUACCUUCCCGCCGGAGCGGUACCUAUUUAUCUACUUGCACUUUGACGUGCUUUCGAACUGCUAGGUUGGCAGGAGCAGGGACCGAGCAACGGGAGCUCACCCUGUCGCGGGGAUUCGAACCACCGACCUUCUGAUUGGCAAGUCCUAGGCUCUGUGGUUUAACCCACAGCGCCACCCGCCUACAGGUUAGACAGCACCUAAUCAAACUAAUAUUAAUAGAAAAACAUGGAAUUGCUGACUCCUUUUACGUUAAGGUUCUGCUUGAGGAUAAGAUACAUACUAUUACACUGGCUGUAGCAAAAUUCCUCUCACUAAGAAUAAGAAAUCAGUAUGUAGCAGUGAGAAUGUUAAUAGCCAAUAAUUGGAAAGGAAAUUACGUUCCAACCAAAGAAGAAUGGCUGAAUAAAUAAAGCAAACCCCUCUGACAUGAAUUUAUAUCUCCUCGCAGACAUAGAUAAGUAUGUGACCUGGCGUGUACCACUCUUUGCAACUGCCGCUAGGAAAAUUAUAUAGCCAAGAUAGCCACCAAAUGUAAAGGAGAUGAAUUUAUUUGACCCUAUCUACAUCAAGGUAUAGUCUAUCUUUAUCACCAAACUCCAAAUAUAAUUGCACAUUGUAUUAAUUAACAUUAUUUUUUAAGAUAUUAUUGGCCAUGUGGUGAUUUUAGCCUAUAAAUUUUAUUGUUUAAUGUCUUAACCUGUAUAUUAAGGUAUUUUUAUAGCUCCGUUUAGAGUAGGUAAUGUCUUGAUAAUGUAAAUGUUUUAAGUUUUUUUGUAUUCAUCCAGCGUAUUUUCUUUUAAUUGUUGAAUGAUUCUGUGUACAUUGUGGGCCUUUGGCUAUGUGCAAUAAAACUGACUGACUGACUGACUACAGGAACAUUACAAAACUUGAAUUUUAUUUUUCUCUGUCUUUCUCUCUCUCCUCCCUCUUAUUUUAGAUCUCGUUCCACAAUGUUGAAGAGCACUGAUGAUGCCUCCCUCUUCCUUUGGGUCCGCCACCUGCCCGCCUGAUAAGACUUGGCUCCAGAAUGAACAUAGCGUCCGUGUUUAAUGCCUUGCUAGUGUGCAUCCUUGCGGCUGUGCUGUGGAAAUACGUCAAGCUGCAAGACCACGUCUCCGUCUUGGAAGAGGAGUUGCUCCUCACUCGCCAGACGCAACAGCUCUCUCAGGUCCGCAUUGACUACCAGGCUGCUCUUCAAGACCUGCUGCAAGAUGGCACCAGGAUGGUGUGCGCCGGCAAGAUCCACACGGAUCGGAUCUGCCGCUUUGAAUCCCUCUGCUAUUCCACAGAGGCGGAAGAAUUCAUCUUCUUCCACAGCAACUCCUCGGUCAUGCUCCCCAACUUGGGCUCCAGGAGAUUCCAGCCUGCCCUACUUGAUCUCUCCUCGGUGGAAGACCACAACACACAGUACUUCAACUUCGUGGAACUGCCAGCCGCGUCCCUUAAAUUUAUGCCAAAGCCAGUGUUUGUCCCUGACGUGGCCCUGAUCCUGAACCGAUUCAACCCGGACAACCUGAUGCAUGUUUUUCACGAUGAUCUCCUCCCGAUCUUCUACACCAUGCAGCAGUUCCCAGAUUUGAACCAGGAGGCCAGAUUGUUUUUCAUGGAAGGCUUUAGUGAAGGCUUGCAUUUUGAGCUGUACAAACUGUUGAGCAGCAAGCAGCCGCUGUUAAGAGAGCAGCUUAAGACUCUGGGCCGCCUUCUCUGCUUCACCAGGUCGUACGUGGGACUGUCCAAAAUCACCACGUGGUACCAGUACGGGUUUGUCCAGCCGCAGGGGCCGAAAGCCAACAUCCUGGUCUCCGGGAACGAGAUCCGCCAGUUUGCCAAAUUCAUGACAGAGAGGUUCAAUGUAAGCUUGGAAGGGACACCCAGCGAAGAAUAUAUUGUGGUAUUCAGCCGAACCAUAAACAGGAUAAUCCUCAACGAGGCGGAACUCAUUCUGACGCUCGCCCAGGAAUUCCAGAUGAAAACCAUUACCGUUUCCAUCGAAGACCACGCAUUCUCGGAUAUCGUGCGCCUGAUCAGCAACGCCUCCAUGCUAGUCAGCAUGCACGGAGCGCAGCUCGCAAUGUCCCUCUUCCUUCCCAGGGGAGCCACUGUGGUGGAGCUUUUCCCGUACGCCAUAAACCCUGAGCACUACACACCUUACAAAACGUUGUGUGCCCUUCCUGGCAUGGACCUCCAGUACGUCGCCUGGCAGAACACCGAGAAGGAGAACACGGUCGCUUACCCAGACAGGCCCUGGGAUCAAGGAGGAAUCGCCCACUUAGACAAGGCGGAGCAGGACCGUAUCUUGGCAAGCAGCGAGGUUCCCCGACACCUCUGCUGCCGGAACCCGGAGUGGCUUUUCCGCAUCUACCAGGACACGGAAGUCAACAUUGCUUCCCUGAUCCAGGCGGUCAGGCAGACUGUGAAGACGAAGCCUGGGCCUAAGAGGCAGGCAUGGACCAAUGGCAAAGGCAUCUACCCGGGCAAAGUCAGAGGUGCCAAGUGCCAGACCUCCGUCCAGGGCGCCAGCGAAGCCAAACUCUCUGUGUCCUGGCAAAUCCCUUGGAACCUGAAGUACCUGAAGGUCAGGGAAGUGAAAUACGAAGUGUGGAUACAGGAGCAAGGGGAAAACACGUACGUGCCUUACACCUUGUCCCAUCAGAACCACACCUUUUCGGACAACAUCAAGCCCUUCACAAACUACCUAGUGUGGAUCCGCUGCAUUUUCAACAAGAAUCUCCUCGGGCCCUUUGCAGACGUGCUGUUGUGUAGCACAUAAUCACCACCCAGUUGCUUUUUUUUUGGGGGGGGGGAGUUGAUUCCAGCAAGGGGCUUUGAAAUAAGGCAGAGUGGUCCCCAUAUAGUCCUGUAGUUUUCCAAGCAGCUGACCAGGACUUGUAGACCACGCUAGUGCCUCUGUGUCCAUUUUAUUAUGUUCAUUAUCGUGCCCGUCUCUGUGGCAUUAUUUCCUGUCGGUGUUUGAGUUCUCUUGGUCCUUGAAAAUGAAAAUGAAAUGGAAGGUAGAUGUCGUACCUUGACACAAUAACCGGAACAUCUCUCUCUUUUGUGUAGUGAAUAUUUUAAGCCAAGAUUUCUGAUGGAAUUUAAGUCUCUCUUUGAAUGGGCAAUCUCUUUUGCGUUCUCCACUGUUCAGUUUAUGUUUUAUGCUUCCCUCCCCAAAUAUCUGUCUCCAAGAGCAACAUAUCUGGUACCAGAGUCCGUCAUUAAAUUGUUGAAAACAUGUCUAUAAAUGUACAAAAGUAUGGUUUUCCUUUCGUCUGGGGUUCUCGCCUUCCUCCUUUCUGAGAUUGGUCGGAACCCCGCAGCAGCAGUCUAUACCUCGUUGUCAGGGAACUGCCAUCAGCUCAGAGGCGGGAGAUGGAAGGGCAGUUGUGUUAUAGGGAGACCCGGAAACUGCAAUUAAGCCAGAAUGCAGCAGCUAGACUGGUGACUGGGAGUGGCCGCCGGGACCACAUAACACCGGUUCUGAGAGACCUGCAUUGGCUCUCAGUACGUUUCCGAACACAGUUCAAAGUGUUGGUGUUGACCUUGAAAGCCCUAAACGGCCUCAGUCCUGUAUCCCUGAAGGAGCGCCUCCACCCCCAUCGUUCUGCCCAGACACUGAGGUCCAGCUCCGAGG